UUUAAAGAAAAUGUUUUCGUUUUUAAAAAAAGAACCGAAAUGUUAUGCUGUUGAAGAUGAAAUUAGAAUAACUUUACUUGGGAAAACUGGAGCGGGGAAGAGUGAAACCGGAAAUACUCUAUUAGGAAGAGAAUAUUUUGUGGCUAAGGAUUAUGGGACUUCAGUGACAAGAAAAUGCUGCCUUGGGGAAGUUAUUCGUGGUAAAAAGAAAAUAGUUGUUGUGGACACCCCGGGUUUAUAUGAUACAAAACUAUCUAAAGAAGAAACAAAAAAAGAAUUAGCAAAAUGUAUCGGUUUGACUACACCGGGACCUCAUUGUUUUCUUGUGGUAAUUCAGGUCGGGAGAUUUACUUUUGAAGAUCACCAGACUGUCAAGGAUUUAAUGCACCUUUUUGGAAAUGAAGCACAGCGAUACAUUAUUGUCAUCUUCACAAAAAUUGAUUCAUUGCGAGGGGACCAAUCUUUGUCAUACGACAAAAAAUUUCAAAACUAUAUUAAAAGAAUACCAGAGGACUUACACAAUUUUCUUGUGUUUUGUGGAAAGAGGUUUAUUGGAUUUAAUAAUAAUCAACCAUUUAAAAAGCGGAACCAACAAGUUGAUCAACUCUUAAAGUUCAUCCAAGAUACGAUGAUCAGAAAUGGAGGAAGAUUCUACAGCAAUGAAAUGUAUGAAGAAUCCGAAAGAAUGAUACAGGCCCAAGUGUUACGUGUUGACAAAAUGUUACAACAAAUGGCAAAAGAAAAGGAAGAUAAUCUUAGAUUAGAAAUAGAAAAGGAAAAUCAAACGAGAAGAAAACAAGCAUUGGAGAAUGAAGUAAAGAGAUUAAGGCAAGAAUUAGAAAAAGAUAGAAACGACGAAGAACUACGAAGAAAAAUACGAUCGGAAAUAGAAAAGGAAACGGGUUCAUUUUUGGAUACCUUAUGGCCAUACCUGAAAAUGGGUCUGACAGUUGUUGUUGAGAAACUCAUUAAAGAUAAACUAGGCAUUGACGUGGCAACAAUGUUGAAAUGAUACUUGUUUUACAAUGUAUGGUACUUGCAUUUUGCAUAGACCUUCCUCUUCUUCUACAGCUUCUUCUCCUUUGCAUUAAACUUAUUCUUCUUUUUCGUCAUUCGUAUAAUAACCACAUAAAUGAUAUUUUAUUUCAUUUCAAAUAUACAUUAUUGCUUAUCUUUAAAAACUGUUACAAGUGAGUGUUUUAUAUUGACCAACAUGUGGCUUGUAUCCUGAAUCAUUCUUAGUGCCUAAGAUAAUCUUAAGAUCUUUUUUUCUGCUAAGAGUGUAUUCAAAAGUGAUCUUAGAAUGAUUGACCACCCUUGAAAUUUCAGCCGAAUGUUACUCUUAUGGGAGUUGGGCUAGUAUCAUAUAAACCUAUCUUAAGUUUCAUUUAAGAGAAAACUUACGAAAGCUCUACGAGAACGUUACGAUGAUGUUAAGCGUGUAUCUCCAAUCUCCUCGUAUGCUUCUCUUAACUUUUUUAUAUGACUCUUAGCAUUAACUUACGACUCGGAGUUAAGGGAACGAUCUUAUCGACUUUUCCGGAUGAACCGUCUUUAAUUUGUAUGAUAAUAUUAGAAUUCGCAGCAAAACCGAUAGUCUAAGUCAUUUGGAUGUUUAAAUGAAAGCAUGAGAAAUUGUUUUGUGAAAUAUCUUUUAACUCUGAAUGAAUCAAGGUCGAUGUGUAUGAUCUUGUAUGGAGUUUGAGUUGAUUAAAUUUCAGUAUAAGUUCGGUUGAUGUUGUCGGCCAAAACGCGGUAACGUCUAUUAUUUUAUGAUAUAACGACAUUGUCUUUCAAUUGAAUAAGGACUAUUAUAUUCUUUAUGUAAGAUAUGGCAAAAGACAACUACUGAUGAAGUUUUAGACUUCAAAAGAAUAAAAUAAACAUUUAUCCAUUCUAAAGUUUGAAAAAAAAAUAGUUUGAAAAAAAAUAAUUUAUGGACUCGAUCACGAGUUUGUUGGCCAUAUAUCUCGUCAUUCCAUGGAUCAGUCCCAAUUGUCGUUACCACAAUCCCAUUGGUGGAUCCAGGGAAAAGGGGGGUAUU